AUGGUCGCCGAGCUCCCGCACCCCCGCCGAGUCGUCACCGGCCACGACGGCGCCAGCAAGGCCGUGUUUGUCGACGACGGCGAGGUGGCCGCCGUGCAAAUCACCGACACGGUUAACUUUGCCGUACUGUACGAGACGCACGAGUUCCCCGCCGACAACAACGAGUGGAAGGACCCCAUCAGGAACCGCACCGAGAGCCUCGCCAACCGGGACGGUGUGGUGGUGCGCGUGGUCGACUUUAAGCCCAACAACACUGCGCUAUUCCAUCGUACAGAGUCCCUCGACUUUGGCAUCAUAACCAAGGGCGAGAUUGUCUGCCGUCUUGACGAUGGCGUCGAAAAGACACUCCGCGCGGGUGACGUCUGUGUCCAGCGCGGCACCAUCCACAGCUGGGAGAACCGGACGGACGAGACGUGCCGCGUGACGUUUGUCCUCGUUGCGGCCAAGGCCAUCAACAAGGAUUUGGACACGACCGGCUUUGUGGCGGAGGAAAUGGCAACCGGAGGAGAAACGUCUUUCCACCUUCCUUUCGCAUCGAAGACAUGUCCCACGGAUUUCAGUAGCGUGAACGGUUUUCUUCUCAAUCGGCGUUCACUUCAUCAGAAAAUUCUCUCUUUGGGCCCCCCAUCAACCGUGCCCUUGCAACGUCCGGACACGCCGGCCAGCCACUUACCAUUCAAGCAUUGCAACAUCCCUCCUUGUCCGCAACCCAUUCCCAAUCCACCCAAUACAUCCACAGCCGACCCCGCCCGCGAAAUUCUCCUCUGUCAGCCGCCCUUCUUCUUAACAAUCUUUAUCUCGCUUCUGCCUCCAUCAAAUGGAUUCGGUCGCGUGGCCAAAUGGCAAGGCGUCUGGCUACGAACCAGAAGAUUUUGCUGA